UUCGCGGUCUACACUCCGACAGUUUAACACAUACGUCGGUUCGUUGUUUGCUUCGAAUAAUUUUUUUUUGGAACAGUUAUACUGGAAAGGCCUGCCGGGAUGAAGCUGCACAUCCCCGGGCUGGCGCAUGCGCAGAGCGAGCCCGUGUCGCGCACCACGUGCGAGGACGGCAACAAGGCCCCGGACCGCGAGCAGCGAGCACCCAGAGCACCCAGAGCACCCAGCAAGCACCGCCUCAGGAGGUUCCAGCGCCACUUCAAGCCGCUGGCCCGCGAGCCACUCCUCGGCUGUUCCUACUGUUUAUACGGAGGGGAUAGCAUUCUUCAAGGCCAUCUUUACAUCACGCAGAACUACUUUGCUUUUCAUUCAAACAUCUUAGGAUACGUCACCAAGCUCAUCAUCCCCGCGGCGUCCGUGCAGGACGUGAGCCGAGGGAAGACGGCCAAGAUCAUCCCGAACGCUGUGUUCGUGACGUCGCAAGGCCAGAAGUAUGUGUUCGGUUUCCUGCGCUUCAGGAAAACCACCUACCACCUCAUGUUGGAGGUGUGGAAGAAUGCGUCUGGCUCCACGAACGACAAGGCGCCGGAGCAGCUGCUGGAACCGCCUCGCACGUGGACGUCGCGGCAGCAGACGCAGAUAGACGCCCCCCCGCCGUGGACACCUUCCGACACGACGUCCGCAGGACGACUUCUGCCGCGGGCUCUACCUACACUCAAAGAAAUCGAUGAAGAUUACAUGUCGGACAAUUGCGAUGAAGAUGAAAGUGCCGACAGCACUUCGUCAUUUGUCAGCGAGCCCCCUGAUUCGCCAAAUCCAUCUCAUUGUGCCAAAGGCAAUAACAUUUCCGAAAGCCGCCAGAAGAAGGCGUCGAAGAAUGCAGCGAGCGUGGAGACGUCUGCGUCGCGCGACCAGGCGCCCAGGAGGAGUCUGGGCCUGAAGCUGUCCAUGGGCUUCGCGCUCCUGCUGUGCCUCACCUCCGUCUACCUCAUGCACCGCAUCAGCUGCGUCCGCUCCAGGGCCGCGGGCAGACCGCCCGGCGAGCACAGCGACGACGUGUACCAGAAGAUGUACGAGUGGCAGACACAGCUGCACAAGGAGUCCUCCGGGGCGGUGCAGGAGUUCCUCAGCUCGCACAUGGCCCGACUCUCCAAGGUGAAGCAGUCUUUGGAUGACAUAUCUCUACGCGAAGCAGGCGAAGAGAAAAAUCCAAACAAAUGAAAAAAAUAUUUGUAAAUGAGGCAUUAUUGCUUGGGCAUCCCAAAUAACCAAUGCUCUCUUGAGGAUGAGUCAGAUAACACAAACAUGUUGUAAUGUUUGUCUUGUUCCAUUUUCACGUUAGCUAUUGUUUUAAUUUCAGAGUCAUGUUUUAUGAGAAAAGAAAAUCGUUUGAAACGUAGAUUGUAACUUAAAAGCUAGCAUUAAGGUGGAUUAAAAUGUACUGUAGCUACGGUUGUUCCUAUUAAAAACACCUCACGGAUUAAAUCAAGACUAUGUAUGACCACUUUUGGAGUGAUAAGAAUUGCUUAGUCGCAAAACGCUUUUGGGUGAUUUGCAAUGCUAGAAAAAAUCAGGGUUACUUAAUGCAUAAAUAAUACAUCAUGUUUGAGCUUGAUCAUAAAACUAAUGAGCCUGUCAAAUAAUUUUUAUACUCUAAUUACACUUUAUUAAAUAUGUAAUGCACAUAAAAUUUAAAAAAAAAAUACUAACACAUUUUUGUUCAAAUACAGUAGCGGAAAAUAUAUUUUAAAACAUAA